UCAAGCUGUGCGUGUAUGAACUGCAUCUCCCAUGAAUCCCUCACCAUCACUAAUCUUACUGGGGCUCCACAUGGUUCAGGAGACAUUGUGAAACUCCCGCACCUGACAGCAUUGCUUAUCAUUGAUGCACAGCUCAGUUUGAAGAAGCAGCAGGAAAAACAAACCAGCAUCUUAUUACUUCUUCAGCAAAAACAGACUGAAACCCGACCGCGUCCCGCUGCAUCCACGGACCCUCUCCCCGCGACCAUGGAAAAACCCUUCACGGCGGUGUUUCGAAACGUGGGGCAGCUCUACUUCCCCCAGACCCGCGUGGAGUGUCACUACAGUCUGAGCCCCGAGCAUCAGUGGAGCAGCAGCGACUGGGUCGGGAUCUUCGAGGUGGGAUGGUCCUCAGUCAAAGAGUACUACACAUACACCUGGGCUGUGGUCCCUGAAGGCUACGCCGUGGGGGCCGGUGUUGACUGCUGUGUGCUGUUCCACGCACGCUACCUGCCUCGGCCCAGCGCCGCGGAGUACCAGUUCGUGUACGUGAACGCCGCGGGGGAGGCGUGCGCGCGCAGUCGCACCUUCACCUUCUGCGCCCCCAAACCUCUGGAGGAGCUGGAGACGCUGAAGGAGGAGCGGGACGAGGAGGACGGGGAGGAGGAGCUGCUGCUCGUCGUCCCCAGGGCUCAGCUGCUGCAGAGCCGACUGGAGGACUGCCUCCACAGACAGGGCCUCCUGCAGCAGGCUCUGGACGCGGCUCGACAGGAGGCCGCCGGCGAGAGAGAGAGCGGCGCCGGCGCGCGGGCGGAGUGGGAGAGAGAGAGACGGGCGAUGCGGGAGGAGAGAGACGAGCUGCGGGACAAGCUGAGGCAGAGCUGCGACAGGUUGAAGCGCGUGGAGGGUCAGCAUAAGGAUGUGAAGUACAGUCAGGAAAGUCUGACGUCCGAGGUGGCGAAGCUCGCGGCGGAGAAGUCGGAGAGUCAGCAGCGAAUCCAGCUCCUGGAGGAGGAGGUGAAGCUCGUGACCGAGAGGGAGAAGGAGGGAGCCCUGGAGGUGGAGAGGCUGAAGGAGAGAGCGAAGAAGACCGCCGCUCAAAUGAAGCACGACGAGGACAAGAGGAAGUGUCUGCAGGCGGAGAACGAGGCCGCGCUGCAGGAGGCGCGGCGGCUGCGCGAGCGCCAGGAGGCCGGCGAGCUGGCGGCCGACGCCCUGCGCCGGGAGCUGAGGGAGCUGGGCGUGCGCCAGGGCCGGAGCCACGCCGAGCUGCACCAGGCGCGCAUGCAGGUGGCCCAGCUCACGCUGCAGCUGUCCGAGGAGAACCUGGGCCUGCGGGAGGAGCGCGCCGCCUGGGCGCUGGAGAGAGAGGCCCACAAGCAGGCGCUGGACGCGGAGAAGAAGAAAGUCCAGGAGCUGAGCUGCGAGGUGCAGAGGAAGGAGGAGUGGCUGCAGGAGGAGAGGACGGAGAGGGAGAAGCUGGAGGCGGAGCUCGCCAGGGAGCGCGACUGCAGUCGAGAGCUGCUGAGCGAGCUGAACGGCAACCUGAGGACGGCCCACGCCAAGAGGGAGGAGCAGCAGCGGGAGAAGGAGGACCUGCUGAACUACAUCUGUGAGCUGGAGCAGAGGCUGGGGGUUGUUCCCGGAGAAAACUCCAAUGGAGACGUUCCCGCGACGGCCUCUGCCCUCGAGGACGAGCAGAAGCGUGAGGACGCGUCCUCGGCUCCGCCCAGAUCCAUCUGUUCGCCCCUUUUCCUGUGCGCUCACAUGGAACGGCCCGAUCGACCCGAGGCCCCCCCCGAGACGUCGGCCUCCGACACGCAGGCAGUGCUGCAGACUCUGAGCUGGUGAAGAUCCCAGCACAGCUCAUCACCCGCUCCACACCCUGAAAUAUGUGAUGGGAUAUAACGAAUAAGAGCGAAUAUGGUGUCAUAAACAUUAUGUAGAGUAAAAAUAGCAGCUGCGCAUUGUGGGUUUUGGAGUUUUAGUUCACAUGCAGAUGCUAACUGUCCCAAAAAAUGAGUGUAGGUUUAUUUAACUUUUACUUUGUAGCUAAGUGAAUUGUGGAGAUCUUGCACCAGAGUUGAUUGAACACAUUACAUGUUGUUUUUGUGACAUAUGAGCUGCUUGACCUCUGCAUGUGAGUGUGAAUGUUGAAACCGUGGCAAGUGUGUGGGUGUGCGUUACAGACAAGUGUGAAAUGUUGCGUCAGCGUCAGAUUUAUUUAUACUUCACUGAUGAGAACGUCUGUGUCUCUUCAGGAAAAUAGAAUAAAUAGUUAUUUUUGGUGAAA